AUGCCCCUCCCCCAAAUCCUAGUCGGCAAAGUCGCCGCCAUCACAGGUGGUUUAACCGGUAUUGGCAGGGCCAUCGCCCUCGAAUACCUCCGCCACGGCGCCAAAGUAGCCGUAAACCACCUCGGCGGACCCAAAGAAGAGCCCCUCAUCGAAGCAAUGCGCAAAGACGUAUCUGAAAUUAUCCGAUCCAACAGCGACAGUGACAGCGAGCAGAGCAGCAGAUUCAUCCUGGUCGCAGGAGACGUAACACAGCCCGAGACAGGGCGGGACUUCGUAUCCAAAGCCGUGGAAGCCUUUGGCCGACUCGAUGUGUUUGUGAGUAAUGCGGGAGUGUGCAAGUUUGAGGAGUUUCUUGA